AUGCAGUCCGAGUUUGUGGAACAGAAGCAGGGAGAGUCCCGCUCCAGUUCUGUGACACCGGAUUUGGCCUCUGAUAAGCCUGUGGGCAAUGAUCUGGAGGGCGGUCAGUAUUAUACAGGGUUUCUCAGACGUGCCACCCAGUUACUUUCUCGAUAUGGAAUUGAAACUCAUGGCAUCACCCCGGUACCAGCAGAGGAACGUAUAGACACUCGAUGGUAUCAAAUGUUUUUCGUAUGGUUUUCUGCCAAUAUGAAUAUCUUAACAUUCAGCACUGGCACUGUGGGACCUGCAUUUUUUUCCCUGGGAGUUAAUGAUUCUAUAAUCAUUAUUGUCGUUGUUGACCUGGUGAUCUGCUUGUUGCCUGCGUUCUCUGCUAUUUUUGGGCCAAAGCUUGGCACGCGAACUAUAGUACAGGCAAGGUUCUCAUGGGGGUAUUUCGGUGCCAUCAUACCGGCCGUCUUAAAUGUUUUCUCCUUGCAAGGCUUCCUUAUCCUGAACUGCAUCGUUGGUGGACAAGCGCUCGCAAGCCUGUCUUCUCACCUUGAUGAUACUCUUGGUAUCGUUAUCAUUGCUGUUGUAUCUCUUGUGGUCACUUUCUGUGGAUACCGCGUCAUUCAUUGGUACGAAAGUAUCGCCUGGAUCCCAAAUGUGAUUGCUCUUAUCACCAUGCUGGGUGUCGGUUAUCCACAACUACGCGACAACCAAUCAACUCCUGUUUCUCAAGCAACUGUCGCUGAGGUUAUCUCUUUUUCGUCUAUCCUCACAUCUAGCAUUAUCAGUUGGUGUACCGUGACCCCCGACUAUGGUGUAUACCACAGCCCUGCUGCUUCUUCUGCGAGACUUUUUCUCUACACAUAUCUCGCGUUUUUCAUCUCUAGUUUCGCGGCCGCAGCUCCCAACGUGCCUGUUUGGAAUGGAGGAUUUAACAACAGCUCUUCCGUCGGUGGCUUGUUUUACAGUGUGCUGCUACCUACAGGCGCAUUUGGAAAAAUUCUUGUCACUCUGGUGGCUCUCACUACACCCAGCGCUUGUGCACCAACCAUGUAUACGUUCAGCACCAGUUUCAUGGCUGUCGCUCCGUGGUUUGCUGGAAUACCUAGAUGGAUAUAUAUUCUCAUCUCUGAAGCAGUUCUGAUACCAGUAGCCAUUAUUGGCGCUAAAAAGUUUUAUACCACUUUCGUUGACAUCCUCAGUACGAGUCCCGAAUAUCGCGAUAUCUGUCACUAUCGCAAUGUUGACCCCUUGGUUUCAGAUCUCAUCGGAUACUGGUCGUCAGUAUUUGCUGCGAUUAUCCUUACAGAACAUGUGCUAUUUCGGCGAGCCUCGUUUUCUGAGGAUCAAUAUCCUAUCGCGACUUGGGCUUCGUAUACUCUUUUGCCUAGCGGUAUUCCCGCGGUCGUGGCAUUCGCGUGCGGCUGUGGAGCCCUUGUUCCAUUCAUGUCGCAGGCUUGGUAUGUAGGACCAGUGGCCAGGCAUGGCAGUGGAGAUGUUGGGGUAUACGUAGGGUUUGUGGUGGGGGCUAUAACAUACGCAUUGGCAAGGGGUUUCGAAAAAUGGUGGUACAAAAAGAUGAGUAAAUCAGAUGCCUAG